CGAGUUUCCUCCUCUUCUUCCGAAGAGGAGAGGCGAAACGGAUCAGAGGACCAAUACGCGGCGUGGUAAUUUUCCAUGGUACUUUUUUAAUGCUUUCAGGUACACAUGAACAAACUAACAAAACAAGAAAUGUGAAACUCAAAUUACAGUCCUAUCUGGUGCACACACAGAGACAGGAAACAAUCACCCACAAACACACAGUGAAACCCAGGCCACCUAAGUAUGAUUCUCAAUCAGAGACAACUAAUGACACCUGCCUCUGAUUGAGAACCAUACUAGGCCGAAAACAUAGAAAUUCCCAAAACCUAGACAAACAAACAUAGACUACCCACCCAACUCACGCCCUGACCAUACUAACUAAACACAAAACACAGAAAAUAAAGGUCAGAACGUGACAGUACCCCCCCCCAAAGGUGCGGACUCCGGCCGCAAAACCUUGACCUAUAGGGGAGGGUCUGGGUGGGCGUCUGUCCGCGGUGGCGGUUCUGGCGCGGGACGCGGACCCCACUUCACCAUUGUCUUUGUCCGCCUCCGUGGCUUUCUCACCAUGGCAACCCCUCUCAAUGACCCCACUGGACAGGCGGGAGGCUCCGGCAGCGGCGCCGGACAGGCGGGAGGCUCCGGCAGCAGCGCCGGACAGGCGGGAGGCUCCGGCAGCGGCGCCGGACAGGCGGGAGGCUCCGGCAGCGGCGCCGGACAGGCGGGAGCACCUGCAGAGAGGAGACAGAGAGACAGCCUGGUGCGUGGAGCUGCUACAGGAGGCAGCGGCGCCGGACAGGCGGGACGCUCCAGCAGCGGCGCCGGACAGGCGGGAGGCUCCGGCAGCAGCGCCGGACAGGCGGGAGGCUCCGGCAGUGGCGCCGGACAGGCGGGAGGCUCCGGCAGCGGCGCCGGACAGGCGGGAGGCUCCGGACAGGCGGGAGGCUCCGGCAGCGGCGCCGGACAGGCGGGAGGCUCCGGCAGCGGCGCCGGACAGGCGGGAGGCUCCGGCAGCGGCGCCGGACAGGCGGAACGCUCCGGCAGCGGCGCCGGACAGGCGGGAGCACCUGCAGGGAGGAGACUGAGAGACAGCCUGGUGCGUGGGGCUGCCACAGGAACUACCAGGCUGGGGAGACUUUCAGGAGGCUUGGUGUUAGGAGGAGCCUGAAAGACCGGGCUGUGGGGAGCACUGGAGCUCUGGUGCGCAACCUUGGCACCACUUCCCCAGGCUGGACAACUACUCGAGCCCGGACCCUCAAGAGUGCAGGCACAGGUUGAACCGGGCUGUGGGUAAGCACGGGAGAUCUAGUGCUUACUACACGCACCUCUCCCCUAGGCUCCACU